AUGUUGCCAAAUUCCUUGUCCUUGUUGGGCAAGUUGACUCAUGGGGCUACCUUGUAUACAGACCUCGUUUGGCCGCGUCUACCUACCGCGUCGCCUUCCUCCCCUGCCAUCGCCCUGCGCUUUUCGAGCAAAGGUAUGCCCUAUCCCCCAAGUCAGUUGCAGUGUUUUAGUUACUAAUCGGACCUGCGCUCUUUGAGCAAAGCCGAUCGACCAUUUUUUUGAGCUCCUCCCUCCCACCCUACUUGUUCAUAACUCCUGUUUAGAAAACCCUCCGUUUGUUACGGAGUGCGGGUUUUUCUCUUAUCACUGCAACUCGACUCUUCCAUCCUAAAACAAACGCCAAAACAGCGCGCACUAUGGAGGAGUCGAGCGUGGAAUUCUUAGCGCUAAAGCUCAACAGACAUCCGGGUUGAUCAGACACGUUUAUCUCGGCCCCGCGCUCGAACUGGACAAGAGGCCACGGCAACGUACAGCGGAAGGAUUGACUUUGUACGGUUGAGAAUCCGGGUCCAUGGGACACUAAAUGUGAGUCUUCACUGUCAUUGCUACAGAUGGACAACAGCAAGAAUACUGAAAGCUGUAAUAAACGAAUCACACAGAAAAACAGGCUUUGGUUCCGUGGAUUGCGGCUCACCAUCCCGUGGCAGAUCCUCAACGGCUCGGUUCGGUGGAGUGACCGUCGUGUUGGCAGGUGUGUGCCAAUCUUUCAAAAGCAAAGCGUAGGGCAGCAGGACUAACUGACCGAUUGGACUGCAACAUCACAGGGGAUCCGAAGCAAUGCCUUCCCAUUAUUCCAAGUCAUCGCCUGCACAAAUCGUCGACGCUUGCAUCAUGA